UUGUCCUCCAUAUUUUGCUCAAAAUUUUGAGAAGACGCUAUCAUAUUGGCAUUUGAGGUGAGCUAGGUAUAAAGUAAAGAUGCCAAAGAAAAAGACAGGUGCUCGUAAGAAGGCUGAGAGACAGAAGCUUCGUCAAAAGGGAAUCAGGUCUGGAAUAGAAGCCAGGAGCGUUGUGGAAUGGCCUUGUAACUAUCUCAUGGAAUGCGACAGCUGUCAUAGAACACAGAAGAACAGAGCCUUCUGUUAUUUUUGUGCAACUGUACAAAAGCUUCCUAUAUGUGCACAUUGUGGUAAGAUGAAGUGUAUGAUGAAGACAGGUGACUGUGUUAUUAAGCAUGCAGGUCGAUUUACAACAGGCUUAGGUAUGGUGGGUGCAAUUUGUGAUCAUUGUGAAGCAUUUAUUUGUCAUGGAAGAAAGUGUUUAGCUGUUCAUGGAUGUGAAUGCCCACUUAUUGAUUCAGUAUGCUUGGAAUGUGAUCGAGGGGUAUGGUCACAUGGUGGGCGUGUCUUCCAGUGUGCCUACUGCAGAGGUCAUCUUUGUGAGGAUGACCAGUUUGAACAUCAAGCCAGCUGCCAACAACUCCAAUCAGAAAACUACAAAUGUGGCUCAUGUAAUAAACUAGGGCAAUAUUCUUGCUUGAAAUGUAAGAUCUGUUUCUGCGAAGAUCAUGUUAGAAGAAAAGGUAUAAAGUAUGCUAGGAAUCAAGCGAUACCUUGCCCAAAGUGUGGCUACGAGACAAAGGAAACUAAGGAUCUUGCCAUGUCUAUUCGUAAAGUAGACUUUGGAAGGCAGCAAGCGAGACAUUCAGAUGAUGAUGAUGAUGAUGAUGGAGGGGGCGGAGCUUCUGGGUACGCUGCAUACUGGGCCAAACUUGAAUCAGGAAAUGGAGCAGAUAAUAGUUACCCAGGUGCUAGCUAUAAUGAUGACGAUGAUUACGACUAUGAUGAUGAGGAUGAUGAAGAGGAAGAUGAUGAAGACGAAGAAGAUGACGAUGAAGAUGAAAAGACGCUCACAGAUAGUAUAGACAGGUUAAAAGUCAGUAAUAACUCUUGAUAAGAAUAUUUCUCUUAGGUUUUAUUUAUAGUUAUGAGCAUUUGGAAGAUACUAUUGCCCGGCUUUGCUUAUCAAGCAGUUCAUAAUCAGUCAACCUACCACAUGUCCUAGACAGCUUCUCUCUUUUAUUAUGCUUUGAAUUCAUUUGUCAUUUAGGGAUUUUAUGAGCAUUAUUGAUAGCCAUGAAAUUGUUCACAGAUAGUCCAGAAAUAUCCUACAAAUGUUGACAGGUUUUGAAAUGGUUUCCCAUCACAUUACUCUUAUAUCAAUAAAUGAGGACAAAUCAUAGUGCAAUGGAUCAGAGAUUGGAGAGGAAGCAACUCCUAAUUUUUUUCAAAAUAUUUAUUUGGAUAAUAUGCGUAUGCUCUACAUGAUGCCGAAGGAAUUAGAAUAGCUUAGCCCAAUUUCUGAAAUAUAGACAUUUCAAAACCAAGUAAAUCUUCUAUAAGACUAGGACACAUUUUUGUCAUUUACUAGGAAACUCAUUCCAAAGAGUUGCCAUCUUUUGUCAUAGGAUGGCAGUAUUUCACACACAUCACUCACAGAGCUGUUGCUAUUGGGCACUAUAUGCACUUUACUAUGCUAGUCCAUCUUGAACAAAAUGAACUGUAAAUUCCAGUCAUUCUUGAACAAAUGUACUGUACAUUGUCAUUAUGUAUAUCAUGCUCUUUAUGUUAGAUUUAUACAAGCUGCAGUAGUGUGACUGCUACCUCUUGAAAUUAAAGGGAUGGUCUGGGCUGAAAAUAUUUUUAUAUCUUGAUACAUAGAGUAGAAUUCACUGAGCAAAAUGC